GGGGGACGUCCCAGAUCCCACCUUCCUGGGAAAAGCCAUUUGAAUAUCAAAUUCCCACUUCUAGAAAGUUCUUUUGAGCGGGUAUAAAGACCAGGAGAGAAGAAGCUUUUGCAGCUCAACUAUCUCCAGGACGCCAGAGAGGAGACACUCUGCAAAUCUGUGCAAGAAUGAAAAUCACAGACAUCAAAAGAUCUCAAGGACAAACAGGAUGUGGCUGAGAAACGUGGUCGCUGCUCUUUGCCUGAUGGCUCUACUGACCUCCGCAGAGGACAAGAAACUGAGCAUCCACGCGUCCACACUGGCCGACAACAGCGCCAAUCUGGCUUUUAGCCUCUACCACAACAUGGCCAAGGCCAAAGACAUGGAGAACAUCCUCAUCUCGCCCCUGGUGGUGGCGUCUUCGCUCGGGAUGGUGGCGCUCGGGGGAAAAGCGUCCACCGCCUCGCAGGUCAAGACGCUGCUGCACGCCGACAAACUCAAAGACGAGCAUCUGCACGCCGGUCUCUCCGAGCUGCUCUCACAGGCGAGCGACGCCAAAACGCGCAACACCACCUGGAAGAUCAACAACCGCCUGUACGGGCCCAGCUCGGUCGCCUUCGCCGACAACUUUGUGAAGACCAGCAAGAAGCACUACAACUACGACCACUCCAAGAUCAACUUCCGGGACAAGAAGAGCGCCGUCAACUCCAUCAACGAGUGGGCGGCCAAGUCCACCGACGGAAAGCUGCCCGAGAUCACCAAGGACGUGCAGAACGCUGACGGCGCCGUGAUCGUCAACGCCAUGUUCUUCAAGCCGCACUGGGAUCAGAAGUUCCACGAGCAGAUGGUGGACAACCGCGGCUUCCUGGUUUCCCGCUCCUUCACCGUCGGCAUUCCCAUGAUGCACCGCACAGGAAUGUACAACUUCUACGAGGACAAAGAGAACAGUCUCUUCGUGCUGGACAUGCCUCUGGGCAAGAAGCAGGCCUCCAUGAUCCUCAUCAUGCCGUACCAUCUGGAGCCCCUGGAGCGCCUGGAAAAGCUGCUGACCAGGAAGCAGGUGGACGCUUGGCUCAGUAAGAUGGAGAACAGGGCCGUGGCCAUCUCGCUGCCCAAGAUCUCUUUGGAAGUCAGCCACAACCUGCAGAAACAUCUGGCAGAGCUCGGCCUGACCGAGGCGGUGGACAAAGCCAAGGCCGACCUGUCCAACAUUUCCGGCAAAAAGGACCUGUACCUCUCCAACGUCUUCCACGCCUCCGCCCUGGAGCUCAACACCGAAGGCAACCCGUUUGACACCAGUGUCUUCGGCACAGAUCAGCUGAAGGACCCCAAGCUUUUCUACGUGGAUCACCCUUUCAUUUUCCUGGUGAAGGACAACAUGACCAACUCCAUCCUGUACCUCGGCAGAGUGGUUCGACCCAAGGGGGACAAGAUGCGCGACGAGCUAUAAUGUUGAGUUUUAUUUGUCACACUAUGUCAAAAAAACUGCGUGUGUGUUUUUGUUCGGCGUUACCUCAGGAACACAUUCCCUAAAGGCAGACUGUGGACCGAAUACUUGGAUUGAAUACUCAAAUAUGAGCAGCAAGCAGACAACAUGCUUAUAUUAAGUAUGACAUUCCAAUUUCUUAAUGCCGGUAUCGGUCAGGCUACGUCCACUUGGUGCUUGCUUCUUGCAUUAUCUUUAAUGUUUAAAGACAAACAAAUCUCUGCACAAGCUUGUUUUGACUUCUAAAUCCACUCCUUCACGUGCCUUGUAUUUGUCUUUCUGCCUGCACUGAAUUCUACUAGCUUAAACUUGCAGAAAAAAAAAAUUCAUUGAUGUUGACCCAUUUGUCCACUAAAAUGCUGUUGGAAUUGUGCGAUUACGAACAAAAAUGCAUUUUUUCAAUAAAAAGUUUAAAAAAACAGAAAUAGGGAUGACAAUCUUUCCAGUCGGCUGGAGAUGAAAAGGUGUUCCCAUGUUUGGGAUGAGACCAGCAGGGCUUAUCUGCCGCAGUCAACAAUCCAAAGAAUGUCAGGCUUGACUUGCUGAAGCUCAGCUAGACUAAAUAAAGUUUUUUUGGGGGGGUUAAACCACACAACGGAGCCUAGCAGGGAACUGCCACUGGGGAGUCUGUACUUCCUCUUUUGGGAGUGAAAGUGUAGAUUCUAAUUUGCAACAUGAGCACCCCCUUGUGGCAGAAAUCUGACUCACGAUAGCAAAGGUUCAAAGCAUAUUAAUUCCACAGUAAAUUAAAGAGCAACCGCUAUCUGUUUAAAGGUUUGUUUAACAUUUAACUGUCCCUGAAUGCAGCGCCAACUUGUGUCCCUGGAGUUACAUAAUGCACCAUUUUAGAAAAAAAGCAGUUUGCUAGUUUUGAUCCUGCUUGUUGAGUGUGAAAUGUCCCAAUUCUAAAAUACAAAAAUACAUACAACCAUCAAUAAAGCUUCAUUUUUGUGGAUUUUUUAAAAG